ACGAUACGUUACUUAUCGCAGAAGAAGGGCACCAAGCUCAAAUAAAUCUUUGGAACUGAGAGGAACAGCUUGGAAAAAGUACAUGCACAAUGGCUCCUUGGGAAGAAUUCGACACAAUAUUCCACUUCAACAAGAAUUUCACCUACGAUGGCAAGGUCAUUGAGCAAAUCCUUUCCAACCGUCGCGCGCUCGAGAACCAGCUGUUCGCCGACCGGUUGUUAGAGCUUCUUGGUGUUCAAGCAGUCACGAAGCUGUAUCCUCCGAUCUCAAACUCUGACAUCCGCACACUCAUACGCCACAUUGUAUCGUCAGGACUAGAUAUUCACCACAAACAAAGCUUGAUCUACUACAUCUUGAAGGACUGUCGGGCGCCUAGUGAUGCUGCAACACAGUUUGCGCGAAGAUGUCAUCUACCGGAGAAGUAUAGGCUGUUCAUAGAAGGUCUCUGGAAUCUUGACCGGCUUGAGUUCAAGCGCGCUAUUGAGUACCUGACCGAACCAUCCAUUAUUCCAACCUUCCCCGACGAAAUUCUCUACGCCCUUACUCUGUCGCACCUCCCGAGACACGAUGACAGCCUUGUCAUGGCUUACUACUUGACCGUCAACCCACCACUCGCCUCUGAGAAAGCGCAGAGAGCUUUCAUGGACACACUAUCCCGAGCAAGCGUCACUGAAGCAUUCUACUUCACCCGCAAACAUCACGAGACCCUUCGACAGAAGUACCUUACCCAGCUCAUCGAGUUUGUCCAUAAGACAGAUGCCGGCCAAAUCAGAAGUAGACGAGCGAUGGAGCUGAUAGGCCUUCCGUUUGAUGAACAGGAAGAGGAGUGGUUCGAAGAUGCUUUGUUACGCGGAAAUGCGAAGACCCUGCACGGUGCAAAAGACACGGUCAUGAUGCGUCGCCUUGCUACUGGGAAGAUGGCAGGUCUUUCAACUGAGCUGGAAUCCUUGGGCGGAAAGAAAAUCGAUGGGUUGAACUGGGAUACCCUCAAACAGAGCAUGGAGCCUGCGCGAGCGUCGGCCAGUACAGGGCAAUCCUCGUGAGAGAAAGUAAGCAUUUAUGAUACCUAUGGUUUGGAGCGGGCGUUCAACCUGGAUUGCAUUAUUUUCUCUAGUGGACUGCAAUAGAAGGCGCAAGAGUCAGGCUUUCAAGACUGGCUUCCUAGUAGCUACUAAUCAAGUACUAACUGUGCCCAGCGCUAACACCUCUGGAAAAAUCGCAAAUUCGUAACCCUGUUCAAUGUAUCCACUGACUUCAUGAUGG